AUGGAGUCACCUGCACUCUCAGGAAGAAUGGCACGAUGGCAGAUCUUACUGACUGGGUAUGAUAUCGUGUAUGUGAGCCAAAAAUCGAUAAAGGGAAGCGCGAUAGCUGACUUCUUGGCAAGUCGAACAACGGAAGAAUACGAGCCUUUGAGAUUUGAUUUCCCAGAUGAAGACUUGAUGUGCAUUUCAGAAAAAGAGGGUGAGUCAUCAAAAGAGAAAUCAUGGAAGAUGAACUUUGAUGGUGCAUCGAAUGCAUUGAGGCAUGGGAUCAGAGCAGUCUUAGUGUCGCCGGAAGGAGAUCAUUAUCUGCUCACUGCCAGAUUGAACUUCUUCUAUAACCAAUUGGCUGAUGCCCUAGCCACCUUGGCUUCGAUGUUCAAAGCAAACAGAGAAACUGAGAUGAUGCCUAUCCAAAUGAGCAUAUAUGAGACUCCCGCACCCUGUUUUAGCAUUGAGGAGGAGUCAAAUGGACGACCAUGGUUCCAUGAUAUCCUAGAGUACAUCAAGAAUCAAAGGUACCCUGAGCAAGCAAACGAGAAUGACAAAAGAAAAAUAAGAAGAAUGGCGAUUGGGUUUGUUCUUGACGGGGAUAUUCUAUACAAAAGAGGAAAAGAUCAAGUGCUCUUGAGGUACGUUGACGCUGUUGAAGCUAGAAAGAUACUUGAGGAGGUUCAUGAAGGAAUUUGUGGAACGCAUGCUAGUGGUUUCGCCAUGGCCAGGCAGAUUAUGAGACUUGGUUAUUAUUGGCUAACGAUGGAAAGGGAUUGCAUUGACUACGCACGAAAGUGCCACAAAUGUCAAAUUUAUGGCGAUAAAAUUCAUGUUGCUCCGUUGCCCCUUCAUGUCAUGACUUCUUCGUGGCCUUUUUAUAUGUGGGGGAUGGAUGUUAUAGGGCCAAUUUCCCCGAAAGCUUCCAAUGGGCAUCGAUUCAUCUUUGUGAUAAAGCAUCAUAAUUCUUCACCCUAUCGCCCGAAGAUGAACGGAGCGGUAGAAGCGGCUAAUAAUAAUAUAAAGAGGAUUAUCGGGAAGAUGACUGAGACAUAUAAGGACUGGCACGAGAAGCUACCAUUUGCUUUGUACGCGUACCGCACCUCUGUGCGAACAUCUACGGGGGCAACUCCUUUUUCUCUAGUCUACGGAAUGGAAGCUGUUCUGCCCAUCGAAGUGGAGAUCCCAUCCCUACGUGUCUUGUUGGAAUCAAAGUUAGAAGAAUCAGAGUGGGUUCAAGCUCGAUAUGAUCAGCUAAAUCUUAUUGAGGGAAAACGCUUGAAGGCAAUUUGUCAUGGACAGAUUUAUUAG